AUGGUUCAAAAGCGUAAAUCAGGCUACAACACACAUGAUUCCUUCGUCGUCGACGAUGACGAGCAGAAUGACUCCCCAGCCCCUCAAACAAAACGAUCCAAGAAAAACAGCAAACCGGCAGCAAUUACUGCUACCUCAUUCACCACAGCGCUUCCUGCGCCAAAGCGCGACGCUGACAACAACUUGUACUGGGAGAUCAGUAAAGCCAGACGUGUUACAGUCAGCGACUUCAAAGGCAAGAAAAUGAUAGCCAUCCGUGAAUAUUACGAGAAGGAUGGAGACUGGCUACCUGGCAAGAAAGGCAUCAGUAUGUCUUUGGAACAAUAUGCUGGACUCGUGAGUGUACUCCCGGGUGUUGAGAAUGAACUACGGAGGAGUGGCAUUCAGGAUGUACCGAGACCGAACUAUGAGGCCAUUGAUGGAGGCGAGAGCGGUCUUAAGCAAGAAGACGAAGAAGCAACCGAGGACUCUGAGGAGGGAGACACUACUGGUAGGGCUAAUCAUGAGGCUACAAGCGAUGAGGAGGAGUGA